CAGAUAUAGUGAAUGCAGGGUCCUAGGAUACCAGAUAUAGUGAAUGCAGGGUCCUAGGAUACCAGAUAUAGUGAAUGCAGGGUCCUAGGAUACCAGAUAUAGUGAAUGCAGGGUCUGGGGAGAGCGGAUAUAGUGAAUGCAGGGUCCGGGGAGAGAGGAUAUAGUGAAUGCAGGGGUCUGGGGAGACCGGAUAUAGUGAAUGCAGGGUCUGGGGAGACCGGAUAUAGUGAAUGCAGGGUCCGGGGAGACCAGAUAUAGUGAAUGCAGGGUCCUGGGAGACCAGAUAUAGUGAAUGCAGGGUCCUGGGAGACCAGAUAUAGUGAAUGCAGGGCCCGGGGAGA